AUGCUGGAAACUAGGACAAAAGCAAAGCAGUUGUACCAGGUUAGCAGGUUGAUCAGCGACUUGCCUGCACUGGGUGACAACCCGACAAGGGAGGAGAUCGGUCUCAACGCCUGGAAGAAACUGAUCUUGGAUUCGCCAGAAGUGAUCCUGCGGAACAACUUUUGCCUUUGGGGUGAGAUCUACUUGAUUGAGCCCAAUCUGACACUCUUUUUCUUCCAGCUCUACUUUGGUAAGUUUGUCUUUUUGCUGAUCGUCUUAGACGUUUUACAGCUCAAGGCCAUUUUGGCAGAGCCCUUUUACCAGUUUUUCUUGCAAUCGCUCUACAACAGGAGCAAUGGAGAAUCGUCAAACAGCAGAGACAGCUGCUUGCGAUGGGAUGGUCUCAACAAGACUUUCAAGGUGUUGAUGCUGUCAACUGUCAACCAGUACCUGAAGAAGCUGAGCAAAUCACCGCUGGUGAGACGCAAGCUGCCCAACACUGCCGCUGUGAUGCAACAGUACUUUGGAUUUCGCCGUGAAUCCAUGGAAACCAUACCCCACUUCCUGGUGAGGGAGAGUCUUCACUUUGAAGAGUUUGUGGAGGCACUUCACUUGCUGAAACAGGAAAAGGAUGGUGCAAUGGAUGAGGUCUUCAUCCCACCUUUGGAUGAAGAAGAGAGCGAUGAUGAUGACGAUGGUGAGACGCAGAGCCCCACACCCAAGAAGAAGUCCGACUACAAGCCAGUCCCUGCAGAAGAUCCUGAUGAUCCAACUCCUGCGCCUGCUGCUGGUGGUGGUCGACCUACCUCGUCUACUUCGCCUACUUCGAGCAUGGACUCCUUCAUCCUGGAGCAACUACGUGGAUGGCGGCUUCUAAUGGCUGCUCUUUCACCUGAAGAGUGGCGAUCGAUCUUGGCUUCGACUGGAAAUCGCCUGGACUAUGUCUCCGUGAUGUCCGCCCUGGAGAUCCUCUAUGACGAGCACUUCAGCCGAGGUCGUGGCCAACAAGGUUUUGGAGCUCAUGGACAACAACCUUCCACUCACGACUUCAACAUGGCGGAGAACGAGGCCUGGGAUGAUGAUGAUGAUGAUGAAUCCUGGUCUUCUUGGUGGAUGAUGCCUGUCCAUGAGGAGGAAGAGAACAUGGAGGACUACGGCAGUGCUCCACCUGCUGCCGAACCACCUGCUGAAGAAGGCUCUGGUGCUGCUGGACAACAAGGCUGCUUCAUUUGUUGCAGUCAUCAACAUUUGGCACGCCAGUGCCCUGACCGAAAUGCACCCUUUCGUUUUGGGAAGGGCAAACACGUCCACUGGGGCGAGAUGGGCAAUGGCUCUGACUACUACGAUGAUGGCUCCUACGUCAUGGUCUUACCGGCCUACAAGGGAAAGAAGGGAAAAGGUAAGGGCAAAUCGGCAUACUGGAUGCCGGAAGAUGGAACCACCUAUGCUUUCACCGGCAAGGGCUUUGGCAAGGGAAAGCACUCCAAGAACCGUCAGAAAGUCAAUGCCUACGCCAUGGACGCCUACGACUACAAUGGGAUUGAAUUUGAAGCUCAAGCUGCUCAACACGGACCACCUCACCAAACGAAGAACCCGGUCAUCCAGCCAACGGCUGCCCAUGGGAUGAUGGACUGUGGAGCUACUUGUUCCGCUAGACCUGAACGAUCCAUCCAGAACUUGGUGACCGCCAUCUUAGCCAAGGACAACUCUGCUCGAGUCACCGUGAACGGCAAAAACAGACCGCGCUUCAGGUAUGGGUCAGGUAAGUGGGAGAAAGCAGUUUUUCAACUUCAAGUUCAAUCUAGUGUCACUGGUCGUACGUUCAACGCCUUUGCGCCCCCAAAUCCCGAAGAAGUACAUGAAGAAUGGUUUCAAGACCACAUGCUUGUCCCUGUGCUGGUGGGCAUGGACUUUUUGAGAGGAAACGGUAUGAUUGUUGAUUUUUCCGAUGGUCUCAGUGUUUGCACUGCACAUGAGGGAGCUCAACCUUUUCAUUUACCCAUGAACCACAAAGAGCACUACAUGAUUGACAUCGCUGAGUUUCUGGUAGAUGGGAAGGAAAACCUGCAGGGUCAUCCGGAGAUCAACAUCAUUUUUUCUGAAGAAUUUCAAGAAGCUGCCGAACUAGAACAGUUUUUGGAAAUGUUCCCUUUGACUUUUGAUGUGGCUACUUUGCCAAUGCAGUCUACAAAGUCUGAACGACAACUGGACUUUUUCACUUCAUUUUGGAAGAGGUACCAAUCUGUGUCGUCGCUGCAGCACACAAGGCUCAUGGGCAAAUUGUCGACAAGUGCUUCAGCACGCCCCAGUACCUCUCCAAGUGCUGUCGAUGGCUCCGAAGUCGUCGAAACCGGCGGUGGAGAAGCCAUGGGAUUGGGACCAAGCUGUUCCAAUGGACCCUCGCGAUCCGAGGAGUCAGAGCCCAAUCCGGGCACUGUGACACAAGCCUUGGCGGAGCUCAAGAACAUGAUGGAACCAUUGCCUCCAACAGAAAGCAUGGUGCGCGUGAUGAUCGACAAGGUCACUGCGGAGCACCGCCUCACAGUCAUGAUAGACCAACACAAGAUGGAGAUGGAAAAAGCGCCUCAGAAGGAAGCCGGAAGUCCGUCGUCUUCAGCGGGCUGGGAAAAGAUGACCCCUCCGACAGAACCCAAGGAGCUGGAUCCGAUCAACUACUUGACCGACGAGGAGAAGAUGGAGUUGCUCAACCUGGCUCGUCAACGCGCCAGUGUUAUCAACAACCCCGAGGACGAUGUGGAGUUGGAGCCGGAGUAG